UUAGCUCCGCGGUAGUCCUAUGUGACCGCGCCGACACAGAAAUCCAAUCAAAAGGGUUGACAGGUGGAGGGGACAAAAAAGGGGAUCCGGUGAGGGGACAGGGGUCCCUGGGGCGGGUGGUCCGGGGGACAAUUCAGUAAAUCGAUUUCCCUUCUCAUCAGCGCGCGCCCACACGCUACUCCAACGCAAGACGCGCUUGGGCGUGGUGGUCUACUCCCUGCUGUUGUCCUUCUCAAUCAUCACGGGAAUCUAGUGCUUGCGAGCAGCACUGUCUCGAUUUGAUUUUGAUUCAUAAUUUAUCGUUAUUAGAGCAUCACUAUAACAGCUCGUCCGGUGCCACUGAAUUAUUAUUUUUCGUGUCCGUAAUUGUCAGGGCAAAGUUCGUAUAAAACUAUUAUUUUAGUAAAAUGCACGGGUAAAAUCUAAAACUAAGUAUUUGAAAUAUUGCCAAGCAUUUUAUAAUCACCAUAAUUCCUCAGCAUUGAGGAAUACGAGAUGAAAGAAGAUAAAAUAAAGCGUUUGAGUGCUUAGAGUAAACUGACCGGACGACUGUUUAAUAUAGGUAACCUCUAUACGAUUUAUGACAUAAAUCUUAAAAGAGGUCAAUAUGUUAUAAAGAUGACAUAAAUGAUAAUUUGAAUAUUGAAAUAUUAGAAGAAGGAACAUUAGAAAUAUAAAAAUUUUUUGAAUAUUGAAAUAUAAAAGACAUAAAAACUGGUGAAGCAAUAGCUUUAAAUGUUGUUUCUCUUUAUAGAGCAACUCAGUUUGUGCUAUAGUUUUACUAGGAUAAACUUUAUUUUGAUUUGAAUAAAAGAAUAUAUUAUGUAUAUAUAAAAUGUUGGUAGUUUAAUAAGUCUAGUAUAGUAUAAAGAAUACUUUCAACAAAAAAUACUUAAUAAAAAAAUGGCGCGUGUACAACUUGCUGUACGUGAAAGAAGUGAAACUUCUUUUGCGCUGUGUAGUAUUGUGGCUUUUUCAUUUUUCAUUCUUAAAUCAAAUUUCUCUUGUAAUAAGAAAUGGUGUUUAUAAGAGAAACGACCUAGCUCGCUUUGUCCUUUCCCUCUUCAGAGUCUAGUGACUCUCGAGACGCUCUGUUUAUUUUCUCACUCUCGCUCUUCUUAAAUUGUAUCUUUUCUCUCUAGCCGUAACGAAUCUAUCGCGAGUUAAAUUUGACUCUCAACGCGCCUUAAGAAGUUUCACUUCAAAUAAUAUUCGCGUCCACUCCGCCCCCGAGACAUGGAACGCGUCAGAACUAGAGGUGGCUAAUAUAACCAAUAACCAAUAAAUUUACCGGUAAAAAAAAUUAACACUUCUAUUCGAUAAAUAAAAUUACCCAAAACGGUUAAAAAUACCGUUUACCAAACACACUGCGUGUAGUGGCAUAGGCAAUUAUUGGAAAUUAUAUUUAUGCAAGUUUCAACUUUAUUUCAACACGUAAGAUUCAUUUUCGCCUUGCAGAUGUCUUCAACUUAUCAUGUAAAAAAUAUUGAAUUUUAUGAUUUCAUUGUAUGCUCUAUACCCCUCAAAAUAAAGCACAAUAUUUAAGUUGGUGUAUUUUACAGUUAAUGAUAAUUUUUUUCGUUAAAAAAUUGAAAUGAAACGAUAUUUUUACCGAACGCGAAGAUGACGUGAUUGGUUGAUUUUUUAAACGUAAUAUUUUGUUUGGUACUUGACAUUUUGGUGGCUCAGUGCAUCUUUUCUAUUAUUUUGGUAAAGUUGUGUUUUUGUAUUUUAAGAGAUUUGUACUUUGUGUUUGUGUGUUUUGACUUUGUUUUUGUGUGUUUGAGACUUUGCUUACUUUGUUGUUGUGGAUUUUUAAAUUGUAUAUCUAAUUUAAAAUGCCGAAACGCAAUGCAGAAAUAUGGGAUCAUUUCGAAAAGUGCUAGUACCAUUCAAGUUUAACAUUAGCAAAAUUAAUUUUUCAACGAAAAGAUUUACCGGUAUUUUCAACCAAUAAAAAUAUCGGUAAUUUUUUUUAUCAAUUACCAGUUAACAGAUAAAUAAAUUCAACCGUUAACGCCAUCUCUAGUCAGAACUACAUGCGUCGCGUCGAAUCAAUGUAGUUUUAUUACAAAAUCCAUAAAUAAAUUCUGAAUGUGGAGCGUACUUGUACAAUAAUUGAUGUAUUUUUCUCGCAUUGUCUUAUCUAAGUUUAUUUAAUUAAAAUUUUAGGAGUCUCGCUCACUUGUCAAUUCAGGCUCAACUGUGUGGCGGCUCGGGUCGGGAUGUCGAUGUUGAGGGACAAGCUCUCGUGUCACCUGAUACUAAGUGGUGACGGGUGUUCAUAGACAUCACAACGCAAACGGCGCAAUUCACCGUAAGGUCGAAAUUUCAGCCUUUAGAUUAGAUGCCGCAGAAUUAGGCGUGGUAAUGGAUAAGACUUGUGCGAGCUCUUAAUACGUGCGUACCACGAUUUCUAACGGAAAUUUAUACCUUUGUAUGAUUGAUUUAUUUAUAACAAAAUGUUGAAUGAUGUAUCAUCUUGGACGUCAUCCGUGGACUCUUAGGUACGUUAGGUUAAGUACAUGCAUGUUUACUGCAUCAGCCGAAUACGGCCGGACAUGUUUUUAGUUUUUUUAUGUAUAUAGCACAGCGUUUUGUGAUAAGAAGACUAAUUAAGUUUUUAAACGAACAAGAGUUACGUUGGAACGACAUUUUUUCACAAUUGCCAAUUGAGAUACCUCGUAAACGUACCUACUACACGGUAGGUGCGUGCUCAGAGUUGAAUCUGCGACACCUCGCACCGAAACUACGCAAUUUAGCACUGGAUAAUGAGCGCGUAAAAUAAUAAAUGCCCAGGGAAAAUUAAACCGAAACGUCGACCAUAAAAUCGGGUGACUCGAACGUCCAUCAAGAUAUUUUCUGGUAUUGAUUCUGUUACGGACACGGCGAAUGAGCGAUCCUCUUUAAGACCUUGUGAUGUCGGCUUCAAAGUUUGUUAAAAAUUAUAAACCUGAGUACACAUCGGUUGAGUGGUAUUUAUCCGAAAUUAACUUAGAAAUAAGCUAAGGAGUUUCGAAAAAGGAUAGUAUGUCGUUCUGCUUCGAAAUACUUAGGCGGGAGUUUAAUUGUUUACUCAAGAAUAAAAAAUAGCCGUGACCAUUGUAUAACAAUAAAUGCCUUAUAAAUAUUAUUAAUUAACGGGUUCUUACCACGAUUUUCAUAUGUAAUGAGUUAUUGACCUUUCGGCGUGUCGUAAGCGCCAUGAUCACGGGUGGAGUGAAUACUGCGGGUAGAAUGUUAAGACCAGAUAUCUGCCUACCCUCUUUGUAGUUCGUUUUUCCUGCCAAAAUAUGGGGAACUCCAUAAAUAUGAAAAUCGUCGUAAGAACCCGUUAAAUAAUAUUGUUUAUAACGCAGAUAGCCGCGAAAAUUUUAAACAAUGCGUAGUGCAUGGGUUGUACGUUUGUGAUACAACAUAAACCAUAGAAGGGCAGGUUCCUUAGUCCUUAAAAUAAUUCAAGGGAAUGAAUAUUAUUAAUGAAUUCUUCUACACACAAUUGCUGAUAGGGUGUGUUGCAAGCUCUCUAUUUGUAGUAGAUGUACUCGUCAAGCAGUAGCCCUUGAGCUGUUAGGUUCCCUUCGAAAGCCCUCCUGCCCUGGUGAAAUUGUAAAGGCCUUUAGACCAUGGGAUAUAACUUCUUAAACACACACAACUGUGUUGGCCAUUUUUGUUUACCGCAAAGCAAUCACGGGUCUCAUUAACAUCAGUUACGUGAAUUCGAGUCAAAUUUUGACCCCCAAGAUGCCAAACCGCUAUCCACUUUCCACUUUCGUAUAUAAAAUAUGAUAUUGUGGGAACCAGACUUAGAGUACAUUUUUAACUUGUAGUUUUCAACAAAGCGUCCGUAUAAAUAUCCAUUAUUCAGCCUUUUCAAUACAAGUUAGCGACGUUCAUUUGCAUGACUGAGUUAUUAUUGAAAAUAAAUUGUUUAGUUCAUUUCGUUUUCGUCAAAGAAAUACCUAGUUUGACUCGUGAUGAACUGCUGGAAACAUAUCUAAAUGCUUCUGAAAAUAAUUCUUUUGGAAUAGAUACAAUUAAAGCUACACGACGUUUUAGAGAGUGGUACUUUGUAAACAUGACUUCGAAUAAUAGUUACGUUAACACAGAAGAUAAUUAUGAUAUGAAACGUGUAAGUACCGUGGAAAGAAGUCAUGGUUGGGAACCAGAAUGUAACUCACACGAAGGGAGUUACAGCUAUGAAGAAGCCAUUAAUCUUGCAGGCAACGGCUGGUACAACCGAGGUCUGCUCGCGGUCCUCAGCAUGGCGCUGCUAGGGAUGGGCAUUGACAUAUUCGGUUUCUCCGUCAUCGUGACCGGUUGCACGUGCGACUUUCAGCUUGAGCAUUACCAGAAAAACAUACUUUUGUCCAUGUCUUUUGUUGGUCCAAUUUUAACAUCCUACCUGUGGGGCUAUCUGUCAGAUACCCACGGUCGUAGAGCAAGUCUACUGAUCGGGCUUUGGGUCAGCUUUCUAGCGUCAACUCUAAGCGCAUUCUCCGCUAACUGGAUCAUGCUAGCAGUCUUAAAAGCUUUCAGUACUAGUUUUUGCAGUUCAGCGCAGUCUUGUACAUAUACGUUACUGGGGGAAUCGUGCACUCAGAAAGUGCGAGACUUCUACAUGCUGCUGAUGACGAGCGUGCUAAUGCUGUUCUUGCUCUCCUACGUCGUUCCUGGAUAUUACAUUCUAAAUAUGAAUUUCUCCAUCGAUAUCGGCCUGAUGAACUUUACCCCGUGGAGGCUUCUAACUAUUGUUAUGGCUCUGCCUCUGGGCAUCAGCGCGAUUGGCCUGCAGCUCUGCAUAGAGAGUCCCAAGUUCUUUAUCAGCGUCGGGCGGCAGGACGAUGCGGUGAAUAGUCUUCAAGCGAUUUACAUGAAGAAUGGUGGAAUCAAAAACAAAUACCCGGUACGGAACGUGUAUAUAAGUCAGGAGACGAGCAGGAAGGGCGAGGGGAAGCCGCUACUGCAGUCCCUGAAGGACCAGACCUUCCCUUUGUUCAAGCCGCCGCUACUCCGCCGGACCGUGCAGCUAUUCUUUCUGACCUCCGUUAUUUACAGCAUCAACAACAGUCUCGUGAUGUGGAUGCCGUCCAUCGUCCAGGCCUUCGCUUACGGGAUGGACUCGGCCGGCGCCGGCUCCAUGAGCUUAUGUGAGAUCAUCAUCAGCACGCAGUACCACAACACUCCUGUUGAUUCUUUGACCUGUACCUCAUCGCUCGAGGAACGCACGUUGUUCUCGGGGAUUUUCCACGGCCUCCUGUUCUCUGGUAUCACCGUGUGCGUGUCCAAGUUCGCGGCGCACAAGAAGGCGCUCCUCAUAGCGUUCCUGGCGAUACCGCUGGUGUCCAGCGCGGCCGCCGUGCUCAACCAGGACGAGUACGCGAGUCUGGUGCUGUUUGUCGGGAUGAUGAUGACUAACUUGUGCAUGGGGGUUUUGUUCUCCUAUUACGUUGAGCUAUACCCGACUUCUCACAGAGGCAUGGCGGCGUGCCUGGGCGUGAUGGUGGCCAGACUCAGCGGGCUGGCGGGGGUCAACUUCAUCGGUUCGUACGUGAUGACGCACUGCGCCGCCACAUUCUACGCGUUCAGCGCUUAUCUGUUCUGUGGCAUAGUGGUGGCAUAUUUUCUCCCAGCGCCGGUCGCGAAAACGGACGCAGAAUGUACGAAUGAAGCCUGAAGGUUCACAUCCUGCGCCGACUUGUUUCGUACUAAUUAAAUUUAAAUACAAUGUUGUUUUUA